UAUCUCGGGGAAAGGACGGACAGUUCGCUUCGAGAGUCAGUCGUGUGCUCUAUCUUCUCCCGCCGCCGCUAUGAAGGUUAUGCUCCUCGUCCUCCUUGGCCUGGCCGCCCUCGCCGCCGCCCGCCCCGAUGAGAUCCUCGACUUCGAGGGCGACGACGCCGAGCACGACCAGGAGGGCGAGCCAGGCAAGGCCGUCACCGGAGAGUACAAGUGGGAGAGCCCCGAGGGCAUCGAGUUCGUGGUGAAGUACAUCGCCGACGACAAGGGCUUCCGCGUCCUCGAGUCCAACGCCGUGCCCUCCGCCGGCGGCGUCCGCGCUGACGGCGAGCAGGCCGACCUCGACGGAGACUCCGAGGAAGACGAAGACGACAAGUAAACGGAUAUGAGACCUUCGGUGACACGCAGAGAUGGCGCCGCGUGUGCCGAACGCCUUCGGUUGACCCAUCACAUCAUCUAAUUUAUCAAACAUCUUGCAUUCUUUUCCUUCCAUGUAAUUCUUUUGUAAAUAAACUUUCAAUACGCUGA